CUGAAGAACUUUAUCUUGACCGAAGGAUCAACCUUUUGUUAGAUACUUUCCUCAAGCCGAGAACACACGUUGAAGUCAAUAUUGUCAGUCGCUAUUUUCCUCAAGUACGCUACUACCUUCCCUAUUCGACCUACCCCCCAAUACCAGUAGUAUGUUCACCUGGUCACCAGAGACGGGAACAACGUUCCAAGCCUUCACGACGAACGCUCCCCUUCAGCCUGGCCCUCCACCACCACCAACUCCACCACCGGCGCAAGACUCAGCGUCGACAGACGUGAACAGGGUCUUCAUCUACCGGCUGAAGUGGUCUGUCCUCGACUCACCCUCCAAGGCAGAAAUCCUCUCUCUCGAUGCUGAAGAUAAUCCGCAAUGGACACCACUCUUUUUGGACCCUGUCGCAGACGAAGCAGCGACAGAUCCUCCACAGUCUCGCGUACAGAUCAGUUUAGAGCCGUUAGAUGCCUGGGAGCAUUGGCAACAAGCUGAAAAAGACCCACCAGCACCAGGAUUUGUUGAAAAUACGGACGGUCGGCCUAUCUCAGUCAAGCAACUUAUGCAGGCUACUCACGACUACGCCGUACCCCUGCGCAGGCUUCUAUGCCGGUGCUGCGAUAUCUGGGGCCCAGAGAAGGAAACUCGUGCGCGCUUCUAUUUUACCGGUCUCGGUCUUGGAGAGGGUACCCCAGAGAGUCCGUAUACCAGAUUAGGUGUGGACGUGAGUCAUGAUAUGGAUGAGGAUGGACACCAGUUAGCGUUCUACUUGGAAACGAUCGAGACUGUAUACCGGAAUAGCCUUGCAUCGCAUUAAAUAAGAUUUGUCCAAGCAUUGUUCUUAUUCGCGCAACGACAUUCAUCGUCUCAUAUAUCUAAGCGCCUAAUUUCGUUUCGCUUGUCUAUAAUCGACCUGCAGUAGUAUGCAUAGCCGAAGUGGCAAUUCAUCGUCCCAUCUUUUCUCCACACAUGCACUUCGAUGACAGCCUUGUUCGUAAGA